AUGCUCGAACGUCCUGACUGGCAUCCGUCCGCAUCGAUUAAUCGCUGGAUCCAAGGCAUUCUGAACUACGAUUUCACGCUCGUACACGUACCAGGCAAGGAGUUUUCGGGUCCCGACGGGUUGUCGCGCCGAACGCCGAAUGUGUGGGACUACGUGGAGGAGGAGGUUGACGAAACGGAGAAUUUCGUACUGUAUGCAAUGCCCGGAGACCCGCUAGCACCCAACCUGAAUAAACCUGUUUCAUCGGUAUCGGUCCCGGGUGUGCACACGCCCGUGCCAUCGCUCCCUACCGGAGUAGUUCGGGUCUACCUAACUCGCACAGAAGAACAUCUAGGCGAGAUCCUGACGUACUUGCAAGAAGAUCGUCUACCGUCCUGGGCGAACACGGAUAUGGACAAAGCUAGGUUUCAGGCCAGCGCCAUCAGGUACUUUGUGCGCGACGAUGCUCUCUUUCGGCGGCGACCCGGCCGCAUCCCGCAGAAGGUAAUCUUGGACUCUGAAGCGCGGAAGCGCGUUCUCAGUGGGGCGCACGAAGGUGUGGGACACAGAGGUAUUGAGGCAGUUACGGCCACACUCAAGCUACGGUUCUACUGGCCGAAGAUGGAGCAAGAUAUAGCCGCACACGUCAAGUCCUGCCAUGAGUGUCAACUCCGCCAUACAGGCCAAUGGAAGCUCCCGCCUACGAUCUCAGCCCCAACGCGAAUCUGGGAGAAGGUACACAUCGACGUGAUGUUUAUGCCAAAGGCGCAUGGUUAUCGGUACAUCGUAGCAGCCCGCGACAACCUCACCCGUGUUACCGAAGGUCGUGCACUUCGCAACCUGUCCACCCAGAACCUGGCGAACUUCUUCUGGGAACAGAUAUACACCCGGUAUGGUGUCAUCUCCCGAGUCGUUACCGAUAAUGGAGGUGAAGUCAAAAAGGCUUUCGAAUUGCUCAUGGACCGACUACAGGUUCCCCAUGUUCACAUCUCUCCCUACAACGCACAGGCGAAUGGAGUCGUAGAACGAGGGCACUUCAUCAUGCGCGAAGCUAUCAUCAAGGCAUGUCAGGGAAACACCAGUAAAUGGCCCGAGCAUGUUGCCGCCGCAUUCUAUGCGGAUCGUAUCACUGUAUCGCGACAGACAGGGUACUCACCGUACUUUCUGUUGCACGGCAGGCACCCUACGCUUCCCAUGGAUCUGACCGAGGCGACUUUUCUGGGAAAGCCCUUCGACACGCACAUGUCCACGGCAGACCUUCUUGCUCAUCGCGUUCGGCAGGUCCAGCGCUUACCGGCGGAUAUUCACAAGGCUGCGGAACGGCUUCGAAACCAUCGGCUCCGCUCAAAAGCCCAGUUCGAGCGCCACUUCCGUCUGAGGCUCAUCCAUCGGGAAAUCUUACCUGGACAAAUGGUGCUGGUAGCGAACUCGGCAGUCUUUCGCUCACUCGACAAGAAGUCCAAGCCGCGAUAUAUUGGUCCAUAUCGAGUGGUGCGUCGUAACCAAGGAGGAGCUUAUAUUCUGAGCGAGCUAGAUGGGACAGUCAUCUUUACCAAGUUCGCAGCCGCUAGAGUCGUCCCGUACAUCGCUCGCGACCCACUCACCAUCCGUUCACUCACACGCCAAGAAGAAGUACACGACCCGCAGCUCGAGAAGGACGUGCUUGACAGUCCAAGCAGUGAUGAUUCUACCGAAGCCAGCAGUCCAGACACCGACUCGGAGUAG